UUAUCACUCUUCGUUGAUAUUAGUCGUAAAUAACACGUUAUCAAUUCACUUAAACGUUGUAAGGAGAACAGUUCCCUUCAUUUGUUAGUCAUUGACAUACAAGUGAUGAAAUUAAAGGACAAACAUGCCGAGGGUAAAAAUCCAGCCGCUAGAGACUUCAAACCAAGGGAGUCUUUACUAACCGUGUUGGGGAGAGGGAAGAACUUCCAAUUCGUGCUUAACCUAUGUUUCGCAAGCUGCCUCUCCUCUGUGCUUUCCUACGCCUUAAAGGACUACGAACGUGAAGGAUGGCCCUAUUGUGGAACGAGACUUUUACGGAGUGCAUUUGCUGGGCUUCAUGUGGCCCUACUCAUCUGGUUGUACAUGUUCCUGAGCAGUCUGGGAGUAUAUUUUGCUUUCAUCUGUUGGGCCCAUCUACGGAAACAGGUCCAACGCAAACCUCUACUUGACACCACUUUUGCAUCCCUAUAUCUACUGUACACGAUUGCACUACAAUAUUAUGCAACUAAGAUGAAUCUCACUUCCGGUUUAGGCGUAAUAUCCUCCCUGGCUUUGAUGAUGGAGAUGGUCAGGAUCGUAAUGAAAACGCACUCGUUUAUUCGCACUAACGCACCGAAAUGCUGUAAUUCCGAUAAAAGUGGACCAGGUCCAACCUUCGCUCGCUACUUGUACUUUCACUUUGCACCAACUUUACUGUACAAAGACGUCUAUCCAAGAUCCAAGUGCAUACGUUGGGGUUUCAUUGGGUCCUGCUUUUCGGAAAUUUUAAUAAUUGUAGUCCUCUCAAGCGUACUCUUCGAAAAUUCGUACAUGUACCACUUAAGAGACUAUGGACUGAGGAAGUACACGUUUUUAGAAAUUUGCACCAUUGCAGUGCAAUACUUCUACCUGGGUUACGUUACGUUAUUCUUCGCUGGCUAUUUAUUUUUGCACACUUAUUUUAACCUUACGGCUGAGUUUCUUAGAUUUGCGGAUCGUCAGUUUUACGAGGAUUGGUGGACGUCGGUAAAUUUAGACGACUAUUUUAGGAAGUGGAACCCCAUUGUAUACGAAUGGUUAUAUGUGUUUGUAUACAAGGAGUGCCGUGACCAUUUUGCUCCAGAAAAAACGCAGUUCGCCAGGCUACUGACGCUACUUCUGUCUGGACUCUAUCACGAUUUCAUUAUGUGCAUUUCGUGUCGGUUAUUUAUGCCGUUUUUUACAUUCGGAAAUGGUGGAGGAUGUAUUGUGGAGAGAUGUUACACAAGAUAUUGAUAAUCCAGCCACAAGGCUUUCAAGUGAGGAAAUGGACGAUGCUCAACCGUGCUCGUCCAAGAAGGGACAAUAUACUUAGAUGGAAGUCAAACAAAAUUUCUUUUUAUAAAAUGAUUGUUUUGAAGUUUAAUUAAGAAUAUCAUUUAUACCUCUCGUUUUCUUUUAUAGAAAGUGCUAACAAUUUUCGAUUUUAAAAAAAUCGAUAAACUUUUAAAAGCAAUAUCUCGUAAACUAUUACGUCUAUAGAAACGGUCGUAGCCUCAAAUUGUAAUAGCUAUUUGUGUAUUAAGAGCG